AUGCUACCACGUCUCCUUGUGCUCCUCUUUCUUUAUCGCCAGGUUUUUAUUCACCAUUUUUUUUUCUGAAAUCAAGGUUAGGUCAGGUAUCCGUUUGAAAGAAGAAAAUUCACGCGAAUCGAAAAUUUUAAUCACACAAAACCGGAUGUUUUGAAUGGCAGCGCUAACGUGUUCUGCGCUCUUUUCUGUCUUUUGUUGCCCACUGUAAAAACGAUGCCAGUACAGUUCGGGAUCAUAUGAUAGAAAAAAAUAAAAAAAUUGUCCUUUUACUUAAGUUUCUGCAAUCGGAAUUUCUUUUUCACCAUUCAUUCUUUCAAAAACAAUGAAAUCUAUCUUGUCGGGAAACUUCAAAAAUUUUCUUCCGAAUCGAUAGUAAAAAAUAUUAGUCUGAUUCAACUUUUUGAUUGAAUCAGACUAAUAUUUCUCGCAAAAAAUUUACAGUAGAAAAAAAUAAAGAACUCUGAUUUUAACUUCAAUUUGACCCAGAUUUCUUAAUAAUUUUUUACUAUGUCACAAAAAAACGUUGAGUAGUUACGCGAAUCGAGAUCCGAAUAAAUAAUUUAGCGUGAAAAAAAAAAAAAUAAAAUCAAAUAUCUUUGACCGUUUCAAAGAAAGUUUUUGAAAGAUAGUUAACCGAUUAGGAAAUGAGAGUCAGAUAAAGAACAUUUCUGAUGUGCUUGUGAAAUAAAACAACUUGUAGGCUGAAGCGUCCUUGUACUUGAACGAGACGGAGACGUGCCAGCGCGACGAAGGCUAUGGCCGACGGUCCGUCGUCUGCGACCUCAACGGAAGACUUGCCGCAACCACGCGUCGCAAGCUCUCCGACAUCCUUACGGGUCUGCGCGACCGCAUCGGGUGUGCUCUUCUUUCCUAACUGUUGGCAAGGAGUAGAAAAAGUUUAUUAAUUAAUUUUUUGAUCGAAAAGAGGGUCUCACAAAGCUGAAGUCUGUUUAAGAAAAUGAUUGCUCAUUUUUUUGAGGGAGCUAGACAAGUAUACGGUAGAUCAUCACUUAAAAAUCUGUUCAUAAUUAAUCUUUCACUUUUGGAAUAACGAUGUAAGUUUUUGCGCUUCUAGAGACAUAGCCAGCAGUUAUAAACAGAUUAGAAAAUCUGAAAUCAUAGUCGAUUCAUGGCUAGCUUACGCUAAAAGGCGUGCCUGUCUGCGAUCUCCAUCAGCCAAACACUGUCUCUCUUUUUUUCGUGUCGGGACCCAUUUUUCGAUGGCUCAAGCCAACCGUGAAUAAGCUAUAGCUUCGUAUUCUUAUAAUAAAAUGAAAAUUUUGUUUUGGUUGAGAAAGGUUAUUUUUUUUUUGAUGCGAAAGAAGGAAAAUUAUGAAGUUCGUUUUCUUUUUUUCGCUCAUUUAUACCGCCUAAGGUUUCGAAAAGUUUGCUAUUCAAGUGUAAAUGGGCAUUGAAUGACUCGCGUCCUGAACUGAAAAAUUUCGUUACUAAUGAAGUACACCAAUUUAUCGAUUUUCUCUGGUCUCGAAGUGAAACAGACUAGCCAAAAAGUGUUCCGCUUGUCUCAUUCGUACACUUUGCAGCUGCGAAUGUGUUGACGGGUGCAUGCGCGCCGAUGGAACCGACGCCUUCAUCGGUCUGCUUCACGUCACCAGUUCACACAAUGUAUGUGGUGACUAUGACUGAAAUCACUCUUCUUUGCAAUCUUUCCUCAGCUCCUAUUUCAGACUGAGGACUUGAAAGAUGACAUGAGAAAAGAAUACGAAAGCUUGACGCUAGGAAACGCGACCUGUGAUCACGGACUUAUCUUGGUCUACCUGAAAGAUACUCAACAGGUGGGCAACAAGCCAAUUCGCGCAGCGUUGGCCUUGAAAAACCUAAGCGGUUUUCUGAAAUUUUCGGCUGAACGAGGCCAAUUGGAUCAAUGGGGGAAAUGGCGGUAUGAGGCAAUGUACCGCCUUUUUUUUCGUUGGCUGCGCAAAAUUCAAAUAUUAUCAUUGGCUAUUAAUAAUGAGCUGGCUAGGACAUUCCUGAGAUGGAAAUUAGAGGCGAAUCGGGAAGGUACCAUAAUGUGUCCACAAAGAUACCUCUCAAAAUCGUGAAGACCCCCAGCAUACCUUUUAGCGAUAUCUGAGCCGUAUCGGAGGCCCUUGAGAGUCUACCUCAAAUCCCUUUCAUUUUGCUCAAAGUCCUCAGAGGUUUACUCGAGGUACCGUCGAUAGAGUUCCGACCCUACGGCAUAGCUAAGAUGGUAUUGCGAUACCCUUUCUCGAUUCGCCUAUCACAAAAAUUCCCAAUCAUACCAUAUGAGAUUUUGAAAAAGGGUCGAUAAACAUUUCUACAAACAAGAAACCUAACUAGAGCCUCAAAAUUAACAAUUUUGGGACACAGAAAGCCGUUUUCAGCUCGCAACGUACAGAGGAGGAGAUUCAUUCGUACUUUUGACCGACGACGACAUGCAGAAGCUGCACCACGUCGCCUCUCAAGUGAUAUCAAGCAUUACUUCGCUCAAAAAUUUUUCAAAUUAAGCAAGGGCCGGAGAGCGAUACGCUUGCUCUGCAGUACCUCCUCGCCAACUACAAACAAGUCUCUGAGAGCCCGAUUCAGAACACUCCGUGGCUGGUGAGACAGAACUAGGCCAGCGCGUCUCGAUUCAUAUCUUCCUUUUUUCGAUGAACUAGUGCAAUCUAAGUAAAACAGAAAAAAAAUGGCGGUGAUUUUUAUCGAAUUGCGUUGAGUUUAGUUUUUCAAGUCUGAAAACUAGCGAACUGCGAAAAGGUGUAACAUAGAAAACAAAUUAUAUUAACAGGAAAAUGUAAUGUAAUUUUACGAAAAACCAUUCUGAAUGAAAAAUUACCUCGUUUAACAACACAUUUAUACUUUCACAUAGGCAAAGUCGGAGAGGGUGGAAAAAGGCUUCAUAGAAAAGUUCCUUUUGGGGUGACAGAGGUUCCUUUUUUGCACCAUUUUGCUGCCUCUCCCUUUUAUCCACCAUUUCUUGAGCCAAAAACCUAGAAAAAAGGGAAGGCUCGAUAAAGGGACUCGUUUUGCUGCCUUUUUUGAGCCUCUCCCUUUUAGCGGACACCAUUCCGACUUUGCCCGUGUACUCGUUCUCUGAUCGCUUCUCGAAUUUUUCACAUAUUUUCCUUAUUUUUUAUAAAUAAUAAUAUUUAAACCAACGACUUGUCCUAAAUAAUAAGAAAAUGAGCUUCGAAGAUAUCUGAAAAAGGAACGUUUCUGCUUUCAGCCAGUAGUGGGACUGAUUGUGGCCGUCUUGCUGGUCCUUUGCCUGCUCAGCAUUCUGCUCUCGCUUCUCUGUGCCAAGUGCUUCUGCUGUUGCCGCAAGAACAAGAAGGAAGUCUAUCAAGUCACCAAACCAGCGACAUACAAGAACAUCGAACCGCUCUACGUUAUAACUCCACCAUCGUAUGGCUUUUUUUUACCUCUCAUAAAGGACGAGAACUUGCAGGGCGCACAGUCAUCGAAUGCAAGACGGGAUCUACUCUACGCCAUACUCUGGAAGUCCGAUUCCGCCGCCGCCAGGUACAACCGUGCCACUGACGCCUUCUUCAAUUAACCGCCACAAAAUUGACCGGAACUAUCGUCCAAAAGACACGGUAGCUAAUGGAAUCUACUCAUUGACGAAGAUAUCCUUUACAGAUUUCGCGAAGCGAGAUGGACUCUAUUGGUCAUGGGGACUUUGAGCAAAGACAUAUGAUGCCGCCAUUCCAUGGAACGCCCACUCUUCCACACAUGGAUCCCACUUAUGGAACAAGUAAUUUUUGCGGAAAAUAUCAAUAAAAUAGUUUCUUUGAGUUCCCCGAGUGCGGCUGACAAAUCUUCCACCGCCUGGACCGACUUCUCCUACGCCGUCUUCGCCAAGAGACCAAAACGAUCUCCAGUUUUUAGACCCCAGAAGAAAACAAGAAAUUCAAACGCGUGAAGAAUUGAUCUAUUAA